CACACAGGGGCGCGCGCAAUGCUCGGCUGGCUGGACCCGUAACGAGACCCAUAACUUCGUGUCAAAUGAAGAUGUUCGCUGUCAUCACGAUACAUUUGACUUCCUGGCAGCGGGGGGAGCUGGCUCCCGGGUGAAUGGGAUGGUGGCUGUCGCUGCUGCAGCGAAGACAGUGUUGUCUUUGUGGCUGACAUGAUCGCAGUGUGUCCCCGCGUGGGGUGAAGAGAGUGUGCCUCCACAACAACAACAACAACAACAACAACAGCACAAUGAGAGGCAUCCUGAAGAGAAAGUUUGCCGAGGUAGAUGACAAUCCCUUCUACUCCUCCUCUUCCUCCUCUCCUUCGUCCUCCCUCUCCUCCCCCGGCUCCUCCUCCGAGUGGGAGUCCGACGGGGAGAGCGGCCCCUCUGACACCCGGGACUUCACGCCUCACAGUCCCGCUUCACGCGCCGGUUCACCCGUCCGGCCCAUCCUGAAGAGAGCCCGGCUGGCCGGCGCCCGGAGCGCCGUGCGCUUCGACCAGGUCACCGUGUUCAGCUUCCCGCGCUGCCAGGGCUUCACCAGCGUGCCGGGGCGCGGCGGCGCCACCCUGGGCAUGGCGCGGAGGCACAGCGCCCUCCAGAGAUACACGCUGGCGGAGCACGCGCUGGAGCGGCGGCACGAGUGGCGAGAGAGGCGGAGGAGAGAGAGGCUCGAGGCUCUGAAACACCAAUUGACCUCCAGCGGGGCGGCCGACCAGAGAGAGGUCGACGGGCUCACGGCAGAUCAGAUCCCUGAUGACGACCCGGAGGAUGGGGGUUUCCUUCAGCCGUACUCCUCCAGACAGCGGCAGGCCCUCCUGCAGGCGGCGGGGCUGAAGCGCGUGGACCGGGAGGAGAAGAGGCAGCUGCACGGCCUGCGCGUCUCCAGGGAGGCCUGCGGAUGCGACUGCCGAGGCUUCUGUGAGCCGGAGACCUGCGCGUGCAGCCUGUCAGGAAUCAAGUGCCAGGUGGACCGCUUCAACUUACCGUGCGGCUGCACCACGGACGGCUGUGGAAACACUCGGGGCCGCAAAGAGUUCAACUCCAGACGAGUGCAGACGCAUUACAUCCACACUGUCACGAAACUGGAGCUGGAGAGGCGACUGCAAGAAGAAACACCCAACCAAGAGGACCAGACCGGACUUCCAGAAGACCUUGAAGAGUAUGUGGACCAGGACCAGGACCAGGACCAGGGCUGUUCGGCACACAGAGCCCAGGACAAGACCUGUCCCUUUGGGUUCCCGAUGGAGGAAGACGGUCUACCGCUCACCACGCCCGCCACGCCUUCCUUUCAUUUCGCCCCGGAGCGGUCGGUGGCGGAGGAGAACAGCUGCAGCAGCGACAUGACCGACUCCUCCUGCUCCUCCUCUGACUCCGACGCGGGGCGGUGCCUCGGCGGGUGUCAGGAUCUCCCCGACGUGGACGGAGGGUUGUCGCGCGCCCUCAGCAUCUGCGACUCUGAAAACAACAACCGCUCGACGCCCAGCCAACCGAGGCACACGGGAGAACCACUGACAGCCAACGCGGCCACAGACAAUGUGAGCUGGACCUCGCAGACGGAUUACCUCGACCACAACGCAAACCAAGCCGGGGACUUCUUUGACAGUGACUCUCUGGAGGGCUUCCCCAGCACUCCCUCCCCCACUGUGGACUAUUUUUCAGGCAGGUACACGGGCCUGAGUCUGUCCUCCGACUCCGACAUGGAGUUCUUCGACAGUGACUACGCCUCCGGGCCUCUGCACAGCUCCUUCAAAGUCCACAGGAGCCCAGACCGCUUCUGCCACCUGCAGCUGAUCAGCUCAGUUAACCUGCCUCAGUACGAGUCCAGCGCCUACCUGCUGGAGGCUCUGAUGGGCCUGACGGAGGCCAGCCCGGAGAAGGGUUACGCGGUCGGGGGCACACAGCUUUCAUAGCCGAUUCAAGGCGUCGUAGUGACGAAACAAGAGAAUGUCAGAGAAUUUAAUGUAUAAAGCACUGCUUUAAUGUAUUUGGAAGAACAUUUCAAUGAACAGAGAAUGAAUGAUGAAAUAUUUGUUCCCCCGCUGGACAAUUUCUUUUUCUAUUUCCUAAAAAUAUGUUUGCCUAUAUUUUAUUUCAGAGAAAACUACACUUAUUAAUUAAUAUAUGCCUAUUUUUAUUUCCUGAACCCAUAUAAUCAUCUCUAUUAUGCUAUUUAAUUGUGUAUACUAUGGCCCACAGGGAUAUUUUAAUUUGGCCCUGAUGCUUCCUUUAGCCUCAUCACAGCUCUCUGCAAGUUAAGUUGCUUCAAGUCAUUCCUAUUUAAAUAAAGUAUUACCCCAACACAAAUAUGCAUAUUUUGCAGGUAGCUGGCCACGGUUUAUAAGCAGGAUAAUCCACAAACAAGAAUGAAAAAUGUCAUUAAUCAACCCGAGUUGUGAAUUAGUUUCUACUGCCUAUCUCAUUGUGGAUUCUCCUGUAAAUGUAUUGGAAUAAUAUAAUAAAACUUUUUUGAAAUGUA